GAUCGGUUGUCCGGCAGCCUGGAUCUUUGAGCAUUUACUUCAGUGACGUGCACAUGGAAAUGUGGUCGGCAAGUGAUUUUUAAAGGUAGUCGUCCAGUUUAUCAUCGUGUACUAUCCUUUGUUGCCUAGAUUUUUCGAUAAAACCGCCUUUGUCUUUUCUCAAAACGAAUCAGUAAUGCACACUACAUUCAAGAAUAUUGGAAAUUCUUGAAAUAUGUUCUAUGAACGUGACUGUUCCUAUCAAAAAUGUAACAUAUAAGAACAAGAGGGAAGAUCCUCUCUCUUCAAUUUCUUGCUAUUAUCCAAAUUUAUAUUGUAUACGCUGUACUGUGCAACUAACUAGGGCACGUAUUUUUACUUCGCAAAAUCGUAAUUCAAUUAUUCACUACAUGCUGAUAUCUAUGAUGCAUGUGUAUCAAUGGCCAUGGUUCGCGAGCUUGAUUGCUAUCGGCCUUCUGCGUCUUGUCAAAGCAGCUGAUGAUAAUUCCUCGCCAACUAACAAUGACCAGCGAAAGGACGCUGUCAAACAAGCAUUUCAGCAUGCAUGGGCCGGAUAUUCUAAAUAUGCUUAUGGGCACGAUGAAAUACUAUCAGUCAGCAACGGCACAUCUGAUACAAGAAAUGGAUGGGGAGCUUCGAUAUUUGACGGUCUAGACACAAUGAUCAUAAUGGGUUUGGAAGACGAUUAUCAAAAAGCACUUGAACAUGUACAAAAUGUUGACUGGAGAUCUAGCAAGAAUUUAUCAAAAACAUUUGAAACCAACAUUCGUUAUGUUGGCGGUCUCUUAUCUGCCUAUGAUCUUCGACCGGAUCCAAUAUUGCUUCAGAAAGCUAUCGAUCUAACAAACCAAGUGAUCUUGCCUGCUUAUGAUACACCAGGAGGUAUUCCAGCUGCUUACGUAAACACAUCAAGUGGACAGCCCAUUAUAGAGAACCAAUUGACACUCGCGGAAUUCGGGUCCAUGCAGUUAGAGUUGGUCAGACUGAGCCAGAUUACCGGAGAUCCCUACUAUGAGCGCAUUGCCAAUAGCGUGCUGGAUAAAAUGGCACGUGUACCAUCCAGGAUUCCGGGGCUUUAUCCUAUGAGUUGGGAUUUGUUGACGUUCAAACCAACUAGUUCUUAUAUUACAAUUGCCGGUGGCGCCGAUAGUUGUUAUGAAUAUUUCUUGAAGACCCAUCUUCUAAUGCAAGGUACGGAGAACACGCAACUCGGCAUGUGGGUCACAGCAACCGAUAGUAUGCACAAUUACUUGCGAUCGGAAACCAAGGAGGGUUUAGUAUUUCUGGGAGAAUUCAGUGGCAAUUACAAGUUGCUUCAAACAGGCGAACUGGUUUGCUUUAUGCCAGGAAACAUUUUACUCGGUGCUCGCUAUCUCAACGACAGUAAAUUGGAAACAUUCGCGCAAGAACUUAUGGACUCAUGCUAUGAAGCUUGGAUCCGCACACCUACCGGCCUUGCUCCUGAAACUUGGAGCUGGACCGAUAAGACGCAGAAUAUGACAUAUUAUCCAGAGAACAUGCAUAGAAUUAUUGAUACUUACGGUUUCGUACCUCAAAAUAUGACGUUUGACCUUCGUCCAGAAACAGUCGAGAGUCUAUUUUACUUUUAUCGCCUCACAGGAGACUCAUCAUAUCAGGAUAAAGCAUGGAAGAUUUUUGAAGCGAUCGAAAAGUACUGCAAAACUGCCUCAGGUUACACUCGUAUCAGCAACGUUAUGACUCCAGAUGAUGUGCAGCCUUUAGACUUUCAGGAAAGCUAUUUCUUUGCGGAAACGUUGAAGUAUCUUUACCUGAUUUUUAGUGAUCCUCAACAAAUUUCAUUGGACGAAUAUGUAUUUAAUACAGAAGCGCACCCUUUCAAGCUGCGGUCGCCCCUCAAAGUGCAAUUCCCGUUUGCAAGCAGUAACAGGACAGACGAACAGCAUGUGUAACUCCAUCAUUCGCUUUGCCUUGAUGUUAUUUGUUUAACUUUCAAUAUCAAGAACUAUCUCUUCAACCACUUUACAGUAACCUAAUUUGGCACCCUUUGCUCUGAUACGAUAAAUUUUAUGCGUAAUAUUAUUUAUAUUUCUUUGGAUAUUACAAUAUCAAGAAUGCACUGUUGAUG